AUGGCAGUGGUAAUUUACCACAGGUUUCAGGCGCAGGCGGCCGCGAGCCUUCUCAUCCUUCUCGCCAUCCUCCCGUCGUCGCAUGCGCAAAGCUCUUACCUCGUCGUCCGAGCGAAGCAGCUCAGAGCCGCAUCCGACUCAUACGCCGCGGAUCUCAAGGCUGCGCAAGCUUUCGCUGCGCAGAAAGCACAGGACGAAGCCGAUGCUGCCGCCGCGAUUGCCGCUAUCGAGAAUGACAACACCGCGGAUAAUCUCCGCUCCACUCUGGACAGCAUGAAAGACGCCAUGGACGCUGCGAAGUACGAUCUCGACGACGCGAACAGAAUCCUAUCUUUCCGCAAGCAGGCCUACAUCCAAGCGCAGAUCGACCCCACCAGCCACCCCGAGCUCCCCGCCGCCACGAAAGCCGUCAACGACGCGGCGCGCCGAGUAAAAAUUACCGCCGCCCUACUGGACGAAUGGCGCAACGUCAUCGCGGACGCCGCGACGGCGAUCAGAGAGGCGCUGCAGGCGUACGAGAAAGACCCGUCCCCGGUGAAUAAGGCGGCUGUUGCGGAAGCGGAGACCGUGCAGUCGUCUGUGGAAGAGGUUUUCCCGGAUAUUGAGAGCCAGGCGGAGCGCGCGAAGACGAAACUCGCCAAGGCACAGGAUAACUACAAGCGGCUCGUCACGCUUGGCCCCCAGAGCGUCGACAUUUUCAAGUGGGUGGUGAGCUGGGCUACAGCGUCUUGA